AUGUCAGAGUUACACCAGGCGGUUGCAGCUGGUGAUUAUGACCUGGUCCAGGAGAUUCUAAGGUGUAAGAAAUGCGACCCCAAUCAGCGAGACGUGGACUGGGGCAACAAGACUCCUCUGCACUGGGCUGCAGCCAAAGGAGACGUGGAAACAGCAAGACUUCUCAUCGAUCACGGUGCCCGAUCCUGCUUAAGGACUGAACUGGGCAGGACUGCGGCCCACUUUGCCGCAGAGGCCGGUUCCCUGGCGGUCCUGAGGUUGCUGCACUCUUUCCACGCUCCCCUGGACAAAAAGGAUUCAGGUGGAGACACACCAGCACGCAUUGCCCAAAUCUACGGACACCAUGAAUGUGUGACAUUCCUUAAGAAGGCAGAGAUGGAGGAGCAGGCAUACCGAAAAAAAAUGGCCGAGAAAGAACUCUUGGUGGAUGACACUGACCAAGAAUGGGAAGAACAAAGCAAACAACGAUCUGAAGGGGAGAAUAGGGUGAUUUAA